UACAACUUUUUGGCAAACAUUUUGCCAUGAGCUUAUUCAUCACAUGACUUCCCUUCCCCCACCCAAAGAAUGAUGAAGAAGUCGGACAUGUUUGAGGGAAAUGUGUUGAAAAAAAAAGUAUCGUGAUGGAGGACAAGGAGAAUUUUGAAGUAAAGUUUUUACUUUGCAUAAUGGAUUUACAAAUUGAGAUUUUUAAUAGUUACAUUUUAUGUAACCCUGGGAGUCAAUUAGCAAACUCUUUGUUGGUAUUUACUCAAGAUUAAGACAAAUAUUAAUGUAUGGUUUAAUUCAAGUUUCAUUGUAUUUAGAAGCUUUCAAAUGUAUACUUUUUGUCCGUAUAUAUUGAAAAUCGCGAGGAUUUAGUGGAGUGACAUUGAAGAGAACGUGUAACCUUGGUGUGGGGGAUGGGUAUUAUCGUUUGGGAACCAUUUUGUAGAGCUUUUAAAACUACCUUUACGAGUUUUUUUUUGUCGAAGGUUGGCAUUGUGCUGAUAAUUCAGUAUACUCUAGUUUGUUGCAGGUGGACUUCGUCGAAUGAAUAUCUUGGUAUGAUAGGAAAUGGUUGGGGAUUUAGUUGUCUAUGUUAAAUGUAGAUAUAACUAACGUUAGGUAGUUUGGAUUCUCUGGACAGCUAAUGUUGACGACUUGUAAGGUUUAUAGUUAUGAUUUAGUUGAACUGUUCAAAUCGUGAAUGCGGCCUACUUGGGUGUUAUUGAAGUUGAGCAACUUUUCUCUAAAAUUCUUAACAGAUGCGACCUUUGCUAGAAGGUUCUCUUAUAGUAAUUGUUAAGUGGUUGUGUGUAUAUCCGAAAUUCUUAUCUGAUUUGAUAACCAUUUCAGCAAGAGUUGAGAGAAUUGCUGUGUCAUACAAUGGAGGGCAAUUUCUUUGCCACUUUAGCUUAGUUUGCUUUAUCCUCCCUAAGACAUUUAAAACCUCAGCUUCAGUGUGAGUUAAGCUAUUGUGUCCAUCAAAUGUUGUGCUAUUAAUAGUGUCAGGCCUUGGUUGAGUUAUGACAUUAGUAGGCCUCGGAUAAUGGUAGCCUUUCUUGUAGUUGUCAGAAAUAAUUAUUCCUGGUAAAAUAUGUAGUUAGGUCAGACAGCACGUGGUUUGAAACUAGGCGUUAUGAUCAUCGCCCUUUUGAUCCAACGCAGGGAGUGGUAUUACUUGUACAUUUUGUGAAACCAUCAUGUAUGCACAGUCAAGCUCGUGUGCACUUCAAGAUGGCGCUCCGUCAACACAACUAAAAUGCGGCUACUCGGAAAGAAAUGUGUUUAAGCGCUCGGCCUACGUUUGGCAUCUGAUAGAUACGUGUGACUGAACUCGCUAACCAAUGGCUUGCUUUCUGUUUACUCUGGAAGUUCGCGCUGGAGCUCCAGUGACCAAUCAUUAUCGUUGCAUUGCCCACGCUGACGUAAUGUAAUUUGAUAAGCGAAAGGGCGGGUUGUUGGAUGUCGCAUUUCGUAAUCGACUACGUAAAAUAACCAAUCAAAGUAUACAUUUUGAGUGCUGGGAGGUCUAGCCAGUAAUAUUGCGAUUGUAGUUUGAUUGAUAAUAACAAUAUACAAAUCGGUUGGAUGGGAAGCAUAUAGGAAAACAAAUGGUGUUUGGAGGUGUGGUUACCCUGGUUGACAUGUUCAACUGCGAAUAGAAAAUCAUAGGGCGUAGUCUUAUAUUUCGUAUCCAAUAGAAUGCAUGGUUGGUCUAUAAAUUGUCGGGCAUAGACGCGAGAUGCCAUUUCGCUGAAGCAGUGAUCAGUUGGAUUCCGUGAGGGCUGGAGGAAAGCACGGGCAAAACAGGAACUUGAAUAUUGGUAUUUAAACAGAAUCCGGAUCCAUCGCGAUGGAGACGGCCAUAAACCCGCCCCAUGACAGCUCCCUGGGCGGGGUCGACGUAGGCCUGCAUGGCGUCAUGGCGAUGGAGCAGGGCCCACCGGGCCCCGGAAAGCGCAUCCGGAAACCGUCACUGCUGUUCGAGGGAUUCGAGGGCCCGCCGUUGCUCCCCCACGGGCAAGCUCCCCCCUCUGGGUCACCACGGCCCCUAGUGCACGACACGAACCGGCAGGGCCGCGCCACCAACCAGCUGCAGUUCCUCCAGAGAGCCAUGAUGAAGUACCUGUGGAGGCACCACUUCGCAUGGCCCUUCCAUGAGCCUGUGGACGCCUCCAAGCUCAGCCUGCCUGACUAUCACAAGAUCAUCAAGCAGCCCAUGGACAUGGGGACCAUCAAGCGGCGCCUGGAGAGCAACUACUACCGCAGCGCCAGCGAGUGCAUGCAGGACUUCAACACCAUGUUCACCAACUGCUACAUCUACAACAAGCCAACAGAUGAUAUUGUUCUGAUGGCCCAGUCCCUGGAGAAAGCGUUCCUUCAGAAGGUUGCCCAGAUGCCCCAGGAGGAGAUAGAACUGCCCCCUCCUCCACCACGGGGCAAACCGGGCAAGCCAGGCAGAGGACGCAGGGCCACAGUACCAGGAGGAGUGACGACUGCUCACCAGGUCCCGGCAGUGUCCCAGUCCGCGUACUCUCCCCCCACGCCGGACACCCCAGAGUCGCUCUCAACCCCGCCACAGACACUCCUGGCCAAGAGCCUACCUCUCACCCUCCACAGUACUCCUGCUAUGCUAGGCUUAUCCCCCACACAGCCCACAGCCAAGAAAAAGGGAGUGAAGCGGAAAGCAGACACCACCACCCCCACCACCAUGGCCAUGCCCAUCACCGUGGGCGUUGGCGGGAUUGGCAUGGGCAUGGCCGGCGGGCCCGACUCACCAUUGACACUCACCUCGCUGGGGGUAGGCCAUGGCCUGGGGCUCGGGAUGGGUAUUGGUAUGGGCCGCGGCAGAGGCACGGCGGGCACCAAAGCACCUGCAGGGAGGCGGGGAGUCAGCGGGCGCCCUAUCAAGCCCCCGAAGAAGGACCUGCCAGAUUCUGUGCAGCUCCAGCCGGUGCGACGGGGCAAACUGGGCCAGCAGCUCCGGUACUGCAACGGGAUUCUCAAAGAGCUGCUGUCCAAGAAACACGCGGCGUACGCCUGGCCCUUUUACAAACCAGUGGACGCCUCCAUGCUGGGCCUACACGACUACCACGACAUCAUCAAGCAGCCCAUGGACCUCAGCACCAUCAAGAGGAAAAUGGACAGUCGAGAGUACCGGGACGCCCAGCAGUUUGCCGGCGACGUCAGGAUAAUGUACUCUAACUGCUACAAGUACAACCCUCCAGACCAUGACGUGGUAGCCAUGGCACGCAAACUACAGGACGUCUUUGAGUUCUGCUUUGCCAAGAUGCCUGACGAGCCCGCGGCCCCUCCUGCUUCCAUGGGUGGGCACUCCUCAUCUUCUUCAUCUUCCUCCUCGUCCUCGUCUGAGAGCGACCCCAGCAGCGAGAGCGAGAGCGACAGCAGCCCCAGCUCGGACAGCGAGGAGGAGCGAGCACACCGCCUGGCCGAGCUGCAGGAACAGGUGUGUACACAGCUGAAAGCAGUUCAUGAGCAACUGGCAGCACUCUCCCAGGGCCCCAUCGUCAAGCCUAAGCGGAAGAAAGAGAAGAAGGACAAGAAGAAGAAGAAGAAGCCCGAGAAGCAUCGGGGAAGCCGGGUGCCAGUCGAAGAGGAUAUACCCAUCCGGCCGGCUAAAACGCCCAAGGUCACCAAGAUGCCGAAGAUGUCGAAGACACCCAAGAGCAGCAAAGGGGGCUCCACACAGGGCAAGAGGAGCACUGGCAAGAAGAGCAACAAGAGCAAGUCCUCCAAGAAGUCUCAGGCAGUGACGCUCAGCAUGCACCAGAUGAGCGCUGCCGCCAUGCUCCCCCACUACGACUCCGAGGAGGAAGACGAGGUAUCGCCCAUGAGCUACGACGAGAAGCGGCAGCUCAGCCUGGACAUCAACAAGCUGCCCGGGGAGAAGCUGGGCCGCGUGGUUCACAUCAUCCAGGCACGCGAGCCUUCGCUGCGCGACACCAACCCAGAGGAGAUCGAGAUCGACUUUGAGACGCUCAAGCCGUCCACGCUGCGAGAGCUGGAACGUUACGUCAUGACCUGCCUCCGCAAGAAGCCCCGCAAACCCUAUGCAGGGAAGAAAGGUGGAGCAGGGAAGUCCCGGGAGGAGCUGGCUCUGGAGAAGCAGUUGGAACUGGAGCAGAGGUUGCUGGAUGUCAGCGGCCAGCUCAACUCUGGCAAGAAGCCUCAGAAAACCAAAGCAGAGAAGCCCAGUGCAGUGGAGCCCCACGCCGUAGCAUCUCGCCUCAGCGCCAGCAGCUCCAGCUCAGACUCUUCCUCAUCUUCUUCCUCGUCCUCCUCUGACACCAGUGACUCGGACUGAAAGCUCCAGAUGGAUGGGCAUUGAGCCCACGAACCCCAGACAGGACAGAGCAGGACUGCCAACAGAGCUGCAGGAGGGUCAGACUAUAGUCAGAACUGACCCGGAAUUAAAAAAGAUAGAGAAGAAUCCAGUCCCAACAGAAAGAGUGGAUGGAGAGAGAGUGGGUUUUUUCAUUGCUCUAGAAACCUAGAGGCUUGACAGAGAUGAUGUGCCGUCUCAUAGGAAAAAGAGCCAAUGGCAGGAUCUCUACUGGCUCUAGAAAGAUGGCAGGAUCUCUACUGGCUCUAGAAAGAUGGCAGGAUCCCUACUGGCUCUAGAAAGAUGGCAGGAUCUCAACUGGCUCUAGAAAGAUGGCAGGAUCCCUACUGGCUCUAGAAAGAUGGCAGGAUCUCAACUGGCUCUAGAAAGAUGGCAGGAUCUCUCCUGGCUCUAGAAGGCAGGAUCUCAAGAUGGCAGGAUCUCUACUGGCUCUAGAAAGAUGGCAGGAUCCCUACUGGCUCUAGAAAGAUGGCAGGAUCUCAAGAUGGCAGGAUCUCUACUGGCUCUAGAAAGAUGGCAGGAUCUCAAGAUGGCAGGAUCCCUACUGGCUCUAGAAAGAUGGCAGGAUCUCAAGAUGGCAGGAUCUCUACUGGCUCUAGAGAAAGAUGGCAGGAUCUCUACUGGCUCUAGAAAAAUGGCAGGACCUCAAGAUGGCAGGAUCUCUACAAACUCUAGAAAGCGAGGAGGAUAGAUAGUACGAGAUGAUCCCAGAGUUCUGGACUAUGUCUUUCUCUCCACGCUUUGUGUAUAUAGUAUGUACAAAUAUAUAAAUAUCUAUUUUUCUUUUAUAAAGAAGAAUUUUAAGGAAUCCCCAAAUGUGGGGAGAAAGUAAAGGUGUGGACAGGCUGUCUUUAGUUUAACUGUUUUAUGACAAGGAAUUAGAAGGUAAAGUGUGUGUGUGUGUGUGAGAGAGAGGGGCACGGCCUCUCACAGUAAACACAGCCCUGCUUAGUUUCUCAUCUUGUUGAUGCAGGCGUUUGAAAUAAUUCUGCAUUGUAAAGCACCUUGUUUCAGUAUACAUGAAGAAACUGAAGAGCAUCAAGACUGCAACAUACGCAUGUACUUCUACAGCUUGAGAGGGGUGUCCAUGGUACACAAAUGGUUUAAGUGAACUAACUUUUUCCUACUUUUCACUCUGUAAAUGACCUGUUUCUAUCUUGUGACCAAUCUGCAAAUAAAUUGUGAGGACAUCUCUCCACUCAGCAUUACCCACACGCAAACAGAUUCUUCCCUUGUUUUGUUUUCUGUCAAUUGGAUAUGUCCAGAAUGUGUCAAGUGAAGUCUACAGACUACUGAAAUGGUCACAUCUCUCUUGCAAGACAUUUUAACUUGCAUGAGUAAUGUAUAAUGACUAGAUUUUGAGACUUCAUUUUAUCUGUGGAAAAAAUCUAUUUUUCUAGAUGGUAUCUUAGUAAGGUUCAGUGGGGUGGUUAAAUGCCGUCCUUGUGUCCCCCAGGUCUGAUUCCCAUAGCGUUGCAAUACCAAUGCUUUAUGGCACAAAACCACACUAUUUAUUUGAACAACUUGGCCUUUUAACAUUUUGGCAGCUGAAUGUUUUUUUUGUCUUCAAUUUAGCUAAAUCUGAUUUGGGAAGAAGAUUGUAGUGACCAUUUCCUUGCUCAUAGUUUGUUUAGCAGAAGUGGUAUACGUACUUCAUGAUAUUCCGAGGUACUAAACUGAUUUAGUGAUUUAGUUAAGAAGUCAAGCUUUUUUUAAAUAUAAUUGUUUGAGAAUUUAGAUUUUGUACGUGUGAUCAGUUAUUUAUUUGAGUGGACACUGAGACCAAAUCGUUAUUGCAUUUACUUGAAGUCAAUGGAGAAAGUUGCAUAUUGGUAAUAAUGACAAACUACUCAAACAAAAAUGUGUACAGCUGUAAGGAGAAAAGGCACGGUUGAAAAAAGUUUACAUUUUACAGUCACAACUUUGGAGCAUGUUUCUACCACUGAGGUUUCUUGUUUUGCUUUUGUUCUUAGUCAUGUUCUUUCACCCCCUACAAUUGUGAGAUGGUUGUUUCUUGCUCUGUUUAUUUUAGAAGAAAAAAACUUUGAACUGUCUGACUACAAAUAAAGAGAGAGAGGUCUUUAACACUCA